AUUGGCGGCGGUGGCGGCUCACUAGAGACCCAUCGACGACGCAACAAAAACGGCACACUCGGGGGGGCCUUUUGUGAGUCAUUACGCGCGUCAACGCCUGGGCCAAGCCCAAGCAUUGUGCCGCGGGUAUUGAUUUUUUUUAAGUCUCUCACUUGCCGAGCGCCCAAUUUAUCCAGUUAACCGCCUUUCCUAUUUUGCCGUGCCCGCGUCCUAUUCUAUGUCUGUGCGUUUUUCUCCAUGUAUACAAUACACGAGUAACACAUAAUAUAACGUAUUUGUUGAUUUACACUCAUUCACACAUAUACAUUAUAUAUCAUAUCAUAGUAUACUCUAACAUGUAUGUGUAAAUGUAUGUGAUGUGUGUGUAUGUCUGUGCUGUGAGUGUGUGAAACUCCUUUUCGCUGGCGGCCGUAUCGUCUAGUCGAGCCGUUGUGGCUGCUGCCUGGUCGUAGCAUUUGCUAAAACCGAUUGCUGUUAUACUCUUCGCCUUCGUGCUAUAUGACCUCGAUGCGCAUUAGGCAAACUGCUUAAACAUAAUAGGGUUUUCAACUUAUGAUCUGUUUUGCUCAGAUUAACAUGACUGAAGUGCUGAAAGCUAGUGAAUUAAGGGUCCCGAUGCCACCAGAAAAUAUGAGCAUAAAUAGAGAUCGAAGCGGAGAACAUCAUCAAAAUAUGGAUGGUCCACCACAGCCUGCACAUGCUCAUUUCACACCUCCAACUUCAGUGUCUGAUUUAGAAUUACUGCAGCAUAGAGUCAAUUGGGGUACAUUCAGUGAUCCUACAAAAGUAUGCUCCAGUCUUAUGCUUCAACUUGGAGGAGCUGCAGCUGCUGUUGGUUCAGGUCAAGGAGGUUCGUCUGGUAAUAAUCAGACAAAUGGUAAUAAUGAACGCCGUACACACAUCACAGGCUCUAGUCUCAUGUUACAAUUGGGAGGAGCAGCGGUAGCGACUGCACCGAGUAGCGCAUCAGGCGGUACCCAAAUAUCGGGUUCAAGUGGUGAACGCAGAACCCAUAUCACGGAUUCACCUUUUCAUUGUGACAUAUGUGGAAAAUAUUUCUCCAGAAAAGAUCAUUUCAAAAAUCAUGUAAUGUGGCACACAGGUGAAACACCACAUAGAUGUGACUAUUGCGCCAAAACAUUUACACGCAAAGAACAUUUGGUUAAUCAUGUGAGACAACAUACUGGUGGUAUACAAAACGCUGCCGAAUAUUCUAUGAACAUGGAGCCUGGUCCUUCUACUUAUCGUGAAACUCCUCACCACUGCAAUUACUGCCCAAAAUCGUUCACGCGUAAAGAUCACAUGGUUUACCACGAGCGUCAACACACAGGAGAAACGCCGUUCCCGUGCCAGUACUGUCCGAAGGCGUUCACACGCAAGGACCAUUUGGUGAACCACGUCAGACGUCAUACAGGCGAGUCACCACACAAAUGCACUUAUUGUUUAAAAGUGUUUACGAGAAAGGAGCAUCUGACCAAUCACAUCCGCCAACAUACGGGUGAAACACCUCACCACUGCAAUUACUGCUCGAAAUCGUUCACGCGUAAAGACCACAUGGUUUACCACGAGCGUCAACACACAGGAGAAACGCCGUUCCCGUGCCAAUACUGUCCGAAGGCGUUCACGCGUAAAGAUCAUCUGGUUAACCACAUCAGGCGGCACACCGGCGAAUCGCCACACAAGUGCACAUUCUGCAUGAAGUCGUUCACCAGAAAAGAGAACCUGACCAACCACAUCCGUCAGCACACUGGUGAGUCACCACACCGAUGUCAUUUUUGUCCUAAAACGUUUACGCGCAAAGAACAUCUUACUUGUCAUAUUCGUAUUCACACAGGCGAAUCGCCACACGCUUGCGAAUUCUGUAAUCGAACCUUUGCACGCAAAGAACAUCUGAAACGUCACGUGCGCCAGCACGCGCCGGGGGCAGAGUACAAUUGUAUCAUCUGCUCCGAGGUGUUCUCUGCCAAGGAACCGUUGCUCGAACACAUGUUGACCCAUCCCCGCGAUUGUCCGUACGUGUGCACCGACUGCGGCAAGGCGUUCCGCCUCAAGGGCAACCUCCUCUUCCAUCAGAGGUCCCAUCAGAAGGGCAUGCCGGCCGAUCGUCCGUUUCGGUGUGAUCUGUGCCCCAAGGAUUUCAUGUGCAAAGGACACUUAGUGUCGCACCGGCGCAGUCACACCAAUACUAAACAACAAUUUCAGUCUGGACAAUUUACAAAAGACCAUGGCACCAAUGCCUCGUUCAUGUUGAAACACUUGAUGAAGCAAGAGAACGUGUCGGAAAUGAUCGGCCUGCAUCAGCCCCAUCCAAUGCCCCAGCACUCUGUCAGUGUGGGCACACAAGUUGGACUGCCUGUUCUUCCUCCGCCUCCAAACCUCCAUCUUCCCCCGCCAACCGCCGCUAGCCUGUUAGCCGCAGUCACGUAAACUUCUUGCAGUUCGGACAUGACGACUUUUUUUAUUUCCAAUUUCGUUCUGUUUAUUUUCGCUGAAAUUUUUUAUUUAUUAUUUUUCACAUUGAAAUCGUCAUUCAUUUUUAUUUAUUUUGUUUUUUUUAUUUCAUAGAUUAAUAAUGUUUGGAUAUUUUUUGUCAGAAAAAUAUGAUUUUCGUUGGUUUUGUUUUAUUUAAACAUUUUAUUUAUUACUACAUUUACAAUUUCGUUUGUUUGAUUUUAUUAAAAAUAUGAACACCUCUGAGCAACGAACCCAUCUCGUUUGUGAUCAUUCUAUAAUCAUAUGUAUAAUAUAUUCACGGUUAUAAUGGCUUAACUUGUAUUGCGCGCAAAACUUGAUAACACUAUCAGCAUAUUUAUGAUAUGUGUGAGAACCGAUGAUGAUCUCAUUAAAUUUUCAAACUUGUGUUUUGAAAUGAUUGGAAUUAAUAUUAUUUUGGUGUAUUAUUACCAUGUUUUUUUACUUGGACAGUGAUACUAUUGUACUUUGGCUUCUUGGACUGUGCCUUUGAAGCAUUAAUGGCACUAUUUAUAAUAAAUUUAAAAAAUACAUAAUAAUUAUUCUAGUUUUUAUUGGUAGUACAAUAAAUUAAUAACACCUAUUAGGCUCGAAAUUAAAAAUUAGUUAUUAUAAUGAAUUGUAUCAUGUUCAUAUUAUAAUACUAUACUAUUAAAUUUAUUUUAAACACCAUAUAUAAUAUUACAUCUUGUAAGUUCAUUAAUAUUAGUAAUUCAUUUAAAUUGAAAAUCUUAAAACCUUUUAUUACUUAAAAUUCUAAUAUGAAAAUAAAUUAUCUCAUAAAUAAUAUACAAAUAUAUGAAAUUAAACAGUAUUAAUUUUAAAAUAUAAAAUUGUGAUUACAUUUUAACUAUAUAUUAGUAUUAAUGAAUUCCAUUAAUUUCAUCCAUGUUCUAUAACAAUAUUGUUAUAGAUUUAAUAAGACACUUUAUAUAAUAAUAUACUAUAACCUUAAUUAAAAAUCUUAAGUUCAAAAAUAAAAUAAAAAUAUUAAAACACAAUAUGUUCAAAGAAAUAUAAUAACCAUUAAAUAUGAUUUAUAUACAACUAAAUGUAGGCUGAUGUUUUAUGUAAUCUAUUUUAAAUACUAAGUACACUGAGAAAUAAAUUCUUAAAAUAAAAAAUAAUGUGUCAUUAACAUAAUAUGCUUCUUAGGCCCAGGUAAGUAUGAUUGAUGGAAGUAUGUCUGAUAUUCGUUGUAAUUAAGAUCAAUUCAAUUUUUAAAUCUUGAAACAUUAAAAACUAAAUGAAUGUCCAUUGAAGAUUGAUUGAUUCUACAUUAAACACUUAAAACAUUAUUUUAAUUUUACACUUUUUGUUGUAAAUGUAGUAAUGUUUUGGCGACAUUUAUUAAUUUUAUUUUGUUUGUUUUGAAUAUAUGAUUUAUCAUGAUUUUUCGCGUGUAUUGGAAAUUAUACUUAUUACUUUAUUAUCUUAAACUAAGUGUUGUCAUAAUUUUUUUAGCCAUUUGAAAUAUAUAAUUAUAUAAAUCAACAUAAUGUUUAUAAAUGCUUAAGUGUGUGAGCGUGCCCUAUGUAUAGAGAUUACUAUUAUUUUAAAUCUACUCUAGAAUUAGAUUAGGAUAUUAAAUUUAACAUGUAUUAAACAAGUAAUUUUAGUAUAUUUUUUUAUGCUGAAACAUUGUUACCAGCGUAGUUGUAAUUCAUUACCUACACUGGACAAAUAUGUUAUAAUAUUGUAAAUAACAUAAAGCGUAAAAAUAUUGCCAUUGUAUUGUAUAUAUCUUACAUUAACUUAUAAAAUAUUAACUUAAGUUAGCUAUAUUAUAUAUAUUUUAGAUUUUUAAAUAAUCACAUCAUAAAUGGUGCAAUAUUAACCAACAAUUUUCAAAUAGAUUUAAUUUUAAUUUUCAUAUUUAUUUUGCUUUGUAAAAUAUUGCUUAAAUAAUCUUUUUCCUUACUUUUUUUAUUUCAAAUGAAUUCAAAACUUUUGAAAACCAACUUGCCAUAUAAAAAUAUUGUGGUCUUCCUCAUUGUCAAAACAACCCAUAUAUAGCUUUUAGAAUGAUUCAAAUUAGAAGAUAGACUGAUUACAAUUUUCUUAGUUUGAAUAGAAUAUUUACCCAUAAAAACUAAAUUAAUAAUGAACUGUGUGCGUUUUGUAAGUAUUUUAAAUUAUUUUAUCAUGUUCAUAAAUUAUAGCAUAAACUUAUAGUACAUAUGUACUAUGUCAUAUGUACAUAAUAUAUAACUAUUUUAAUGUUAUUGUUAAUCAUAAUGGAGAACUAGUUUUAAGUACAUAUUUCAUGUAGUUUUAGGGCAUGUGGCUACUGAGUAAUCUAGGCUAUGAUUUACAAUUUUAAUGCAAACAUUAAAUUAACUACCAGCUAAUUUAGAAGAGAACUUGGUUUACCAAAUUUUUACCCCAAGUUUUGUGGCCACUUGCACUAUAAGUAGGUUUUAGUUAUGAAUAAUUAUUUUUACAAUUUAUAUUCCGUUUUUGUAAUGAAUAUUGUAUUGACGAAAUAUAGAACUUGUGUGAAGAUUUACUAUAUAAAA